GCAACGAAUUCUUCCGAUGAGAAAUCAACUUUUCUCAUCGAUGCCAGAACUUGGCAGAAGCAGACCGGAGCGUGACGAGCUGACAUCACUUCAUGAUGAUGUAGACCGAUCCGUACAUAGCAAUGUAGGCGACAUGGCACUGGGCAGGGAAGAAACUCAGAAUCCCAAGCCUACAGAAUCCAUCACUUUGAAUUAGGGCCUCCAGCUCUUCAAACUGCGCUGACAACCUGCUGGGAGGCAUGGAUCGCAGCCGGCUUUCCGGUCUCGCUUGCCUGCUGGUGGCGUGCCUUUUCUUCACGCUGGUCCUGUUUGGCACGGGACCGCCAGCUAAUCUGCCUGACAGCAAGGCGGAUAGGGGGGAUGUACAAACAGUGAGUCGUGAUGGGCGCAGUGACAUUUCUAGUGAGGCUGGUACUCUCAACGUUUCGAUCUCCCGCUUUGAUGCGACGGCGGUGUCGCUCAUUGCGGACAUGUUGGACGCGUUCACGCCCAGCGUGGCGCUCAGCAUUGCGUACGAGGGGAUGCCCAUCCAGAGCGGGGCGGAGCUCAGCCCCUCGGAGGCGGAGGUGUUCCCAACCGUCCGAGUAGGAGGGAGUGAGAAUGACCUGUAUACACUGGUGUUGGUGGACCCUGACGCGCCCUCCCCGGAGGCCCCCAGCGAGGCGGAGUGGCUGCACUGGCUGGUCACCAACAUCCCGGGGGGACAGGAAGCCACCGCGGGCACGGACGUGGUCCCUUACAGUGGUCCGACUCCUCCUGUUGGACGACACCGCUAUGUCUUUCUGCUGUACGAGCAAGCAUACCAGAUCGAGGCGCAGCCGCCCACCCAAAGGAACCGCUUCAAAGCGCAGAUGUUUGCGCAGGAGCACGAGCUGGGGGAUCCGGUGGCAGCCUCUCUCUUUUAUGCAUCUGCUGCCAAAGCAGAACGGGAGACGGGAGAAACAGAAACUGCGUAGGGAGCACCUGCCGCGCUGGCUGCCACUCUCCUUAGAUUCCAGAUUGAUGCUACUUAACGCAUGGGUGCGUUAGGGAUGCUUCAUAAGCAGCCCAGUCGCUGCGUUCGAGGAUUGUCGACAAAUUUGGCAUUAGAUGUGUGGCUUAGCGAAUGAUGGCGAUCGUCCGAACAUUAGAUUAACGAAUGAGCCGAUGGUUGAGCAUGUACUUAGACUUUCAAUCAACUGUACUUUACUGUGGGCAGGCGGCCAUGUACGGUAGUUUUCAAGUUUUGCCUGUACGUUUCCAACAAUUAGAUGAUGUACGGUGUGUUAAUGAUACUGAGGGCCGUUGGCUCGGCCUACUUUAAAGGUACCGUCACUUUGAAGUGGCACCCCCUUAGGUAUUCUGUUGGGGGGGGGGCUUGGGUUGCUUCAGCCAAUCGAAGGUGGGGAGGG